AUGAUGGAGGAGGAGGAGGAGGAGGAGGAGGAGGAGGAGGAGGAGGAGGCUGACGGCGAACCAUGUUCAUUCUUCGCCUCAGCAGCGCGACGUGGUAGGUCUCGGGCACAUACAGUCUGGGUUCAACUUGGUCCGGAGUGCUGUUUCAUCAUAACUUAUAUUAAUAUACAGGCCUGAGGAGGAAUAAUCGAAAUUACACCUUCGCCGAACUCGACUUCUUCAAUGUUCCUGUUGUCGUUGAGAUCCUGACUAGCUGAGGAAUAAUACUGUUCAGUGGGGAUAUAUAAAGUGUCGACGAGACACUCCAAGUUCCUGCGUCAGCUAAUCCUUGCGAUAGCAGAGGCAGUGGCCAUACGGUUAGCCAACCCCGCCUUGUGCUUGCAUUAAACGUUUGUACAGGCGGUAAGGCUUCCAUGGGCAAAGACAAACCCAGCAUAGGUGUUCACACCAGCCACGUCGAGUUACAGUGAUGAAACACAGGGACAGCUAAACGCCAAACACCUUCCUCCUCCUCCUCCCUCUCCCUAAGCCCCUGACGGAACUACAAUCUAACCCCUUACCUCUAAACACCCCUCUAUCCUCUGUCCCAUACUAACUUUUAUUGGCUGUUUUACUUUUUCUACUCUGCCCUCCCUUAUAAUGUUCUGUAGGCCCGGUGAUGAAUAGUUGUAAGCGUACGUUUGCAGAUUUUGAAGUCUUGAAUUUUUGCAGUGGAGAUAUGUUAGAUAGUUGUAAGCAUUUGUAGAGGCACCAGGCUCGAGCCUCCAUUCCAUGUAAGAUAAAAAUCGCCACGAGAAAAACGCAGGGUUGGGGUUAGAGGUCAGGGGUCAGGUGUCAAGGGUAGGGUUUGGUGUUCCGAGUAAGGGGUUAAGGUUAGGGUUAGGGGUCAGUGGUUGAGGUAAGGGGUUAGGGUUAAGUUUAGGGGUCGGGGUUGGGGUCAGGGGUCAGGGUUAGGGGUUAAGGUUAAGGAUCUGGGGCUAGGUGUUAGAGUUAGGAGGUCGGGGAUAGGGGUUAGGGUUAGACGUUAGGGGUUAAGGUUAGGGGUUAAGGUUAGGGGGUAGGGGGUUAGACUGGCGUUUGUCUUCUGCAGGUACGACAGCAAAAUAAAAUUCGACCAGGGCUAAUUCCGUAUGCUAAAUGUAAUGACGUGUCAUUCAGACUACAGAAUUUAAUGUCUGACGCCAAAAGGAUAAUAUUAACUGCAUGGGUAUUCAAGCGAUGCCUUUCUGCCGAUCAUGAGAUCUACAGAGACUUCUAGGCAAUAGGUUUGGAUUUAUAAAUAUAUCGCAACUCAGGAGGAAAAUGUAUACUACCAAGGCAGUCGUUUUUGGCGAAUGUGGGUUUUGCAGCUGGUCGAAUUAUGCUGCGUAAUGAUAAAUACUGCAACCCGUGUUGAGCAACCUCUUCUAAUUGAGGUCACAUUUCAAAAUUUCAGCUAAUGUCCGGUGAGAUACGUCAAUUGGCGGAAAAACAAACUGUCCGCGUGGCAGGGAUGGUAACCGUCCGCGUGACGCUAUUUUAUCCUAAGUAAACUGUUACCGUGGUUCAUCUCUCCUAAAUGAAUCAAACAAUACUUGCCUACUUUUAUCACUUUUGAGAAGAUGCGAAUACAGCCUAAAUGUACGGAGUACCUAUCUACAGUAAAUGAUCGAUCUCAUGAAAUGCUGACCGGAAUUCGGAAAUUCCUUUGCGAUUAGGAAGAAUUACUUAGGUAACGGUACAAUACUGAUUAUCAAACGGCAUAAUCCUAUAAUGUUUCGGACUCGUCAGGAUGUCGGAUUUUGAAUGCAUUUCUUUUCACCUCCUACGGAAACGGCACUGGGUACGAAAUUACUACUUACGUAGCAUACAUUUUAACAUUGAUUUUUGAUGGUCUUAUAAUUUCAAAAAAUAUUUUAUAGGAAACAUGCAUAAAAACAUGCUAUCUUUUGAUCGUUCGGUAGAAAAUCACGUUACCUUUGCAUGUUAUACUUGAAGGAGGGGUAUAAUUAGGUUUUCAUAAAGUUUCUCAAUGCCCGAAUCAUUUUGAGUCUGAUCAGCCGUUGCAUUAGCUUUUAGCGAUUUCAGUCUACAGGGUGCAUGCUUUCGGCGUAGGGAAAAUCAUAUAUUCCUCUAUGCCUUUUAAAAGAUACCAUGUGAGUUCACAAAAUAUUGCAAUGGAUGCGGGCCGUGUUCUACUUUUCAUGAGAAGCAUUGGCAAACGGACAUGUACGAUGCUGUGUGAAUGGACAUUGCAUGGUCUUAAAAAUCUCAUAAUUAGAAACUUUUUCAAAACCUGAUUAUACCACUUUUUCAAGUAUAAAAUGUAAAUGUAUUGUGAUUUUCUAACGAACGACCAAAAGAAGGCAUAUUUUUAUGCAUGCUUCCUAUAAAAUAUAUAUAGAUGUUUAUAAGACCAUCAAAAAUCAAUGUUAAAAAUUUCUGCCACUUAAGUAGUCGUUUCUUACCAAGUGCUGUUACUGUAGGAGGUUACAAAGAAGUGCAUUCAAAAGCCGACAUCCAGACGAGUCCGAAAUAUUAUAGGAUUAUGCCGCUUGGUAAUGAAUAUUGGGCGAGACAAAUGCGAGUAGCCUGGGAUUAUGAGUCAACAUUGUUGACGUACUUGCUUCCUAUCAGUAGGCAUGAUUUUAUUAGGUUACAUAUUUCAGGCGUGUCGGCCGCGCGGGGGUGUAAUGUAUUCGACCUCGCUUUGGGAUACCUUGCCUGCUGCAGUGUUGCCAUUACCAUACCUCCCACAUAUACUUACAGCUGCCAAUUGGGCGAAGGAAGGGCAGUUACGCUGUAAAGUCCCUCAUGUUAUUGCUCACAUUCACAUUUCCGCUCAUCGGCCACUUAGCGCGCUUGCUACAUUACUACGACUUGGUACUCCAGCUAUGUUUGUUUGAUUUGUCGUAGAGGCUCUGUCAGGAUGACUUUCUCCUUCACCUUAACCGCCCCGAGAACGAGGCGAUGCAAGACUGUCUAGAUGGGCUCAUUGCAUUGCACCCCCCACACGGAACUCUUUAGUAGAAGGCGAAAGACUUACCCUUUGCGGAUUGCGAUUCAACACGCUUUCCAUUAUGCUUCUAAUUGCAAGCUGCUUCAGUCGUAUUAACAGACUGCUACCCUCCACCCCCCCCCCCCCGCCUUUACGAAACGGCCCGGUUGUAUUUGAUCGCAGGGGGAGGCGACCUCCCAUAUCGCGUUCCAUGCGGCUACCGCGUGAGUUGGCUAGGCGCGUAGGCUUUGGGUGCACUUAAUCGGUGCAGGUCUGCCCCGUCAGUGCACCUGUCCUUUCUACAUGUAUCAGGGGCUGCACUAGCCCUUCGUGGCUUACCCGUACAGACGUUAAACCCGGUUGCUGGCUUCCUGUGCGGUCUUCUAAGGCCGCUUGUCGUUUGCUUUCUUUGCCUGCUGUACGCCUCACUUCCACUCCCUACACCCCACCUCAGCCGGCUUGGGACAGCUACCCAACCAUAGGGGUUUGGCCUUGCCUUGCACUAAUGGCCAUCGAACUUUGCCGAUUUGUUAGGCUGUCAUCGGAGCAUUACACUUUGAUGUGCUCAUACCGCACCAACUUGUUCGGGUGACAAUGAGUUACACAAACAUCUAACACAGUUUGGAGCGAAAAAACGUAAUAGGUUAAGCGGCGAGAACUCUUAAGCAUUCCCCAAUAGGAUACGUGAAUAGGAAUACCUCCUCCGCUUGACACAGGUGGCCUUUCGAUAAGUUCCGGUGCUGCUUAAGUAUAACCACCACCCUGACCUUAAUCUUAAUCCCAAUUUCCCUGGAACUUAGCGCAAAGCCACCUGUAAUGCCGGAUGACAUCAUGUUGCAGUCACAUGCAUGGCUAGUUCCCGAGGUCCGGAUUAACCAGAAGCCACAACUAGCGUCGCCCCAUCAUCGAUCAGUUGUUGGUCCUAGGCUCGGCGAGGGGACCGCAUUAUGCAGGCAGGCAAGCGUAUGGUUUAUGGCCGGGGUUACUUAAUCCGGGGUGCAUUUGUGUUGGGCAAACGAGCUGAACAUCUCUGUGGUACUACAAAUUCUGAUCCUUCCUAUUGUAACCACUUGAAAGGCGGCACUAUUUUUACCAUGUAAUGAUAGAAGUAAGUGAAUUUAAUGCGCCCUUGCAGACACUGUCAAAAGGGUACUGCAAUGUCGCAUUUUUAUUUCGAUGACUACCUCAUAGGACAUCUUGACCGCCCCCACGCAACAGCUACCAUGAGGUCUUUUUAUUUCAUUCUCUAGCACGUACAAGUAACUAUCGCCAGUUAUUUUCUUUUAGCAAAAUUGCCUCCCGGAGUAAGCAACCCCGGCCAUAAACCAUAUUCUUGCCUGCAGAGUGUCUAGGCCACCGGAUGUUACUCCCCCCAUGUCAUGCCAGGGCAGGAACUACAUAAGCGAUCCUUAACUUUUAAAAUUGGAACGGUCAGAUGUGGCUAUGUAGACGCACCCAAGGUAAACAAAACCGGGGACCGAGGAACGCACAGGCGAGGAAGUCAAGUAAUUGUAUGCAACAGAAAGGCCACUAGGAAUGCGCGGUUGUAAUUUGAGUGGCUAAAAAUUGUUGCCCUAACCCCUAACCAUAACCCCAGCCCUAAACUCCUAAACCUAAUCCUUCAUCCCAACCCUAAACUCUACGCCCCUAAGCCUAACCCGAAACCUUUAAUCCUAACCCCGAAACAUCCAACGCAAAAGUUAGAAGGGGACGACAGGCCGAAGAUCAAGAAGGAACACCGGCAUUUGGCCGAAAACGGUAGACACGGCAACAAAGAAACAACCCCGCCAACAGAACACACAUCGCGACGCACAGCAAUAACAUGCCAAAGUAAUCACACCAACUCCAAAUAAUCUAGUAGGUCAGCAGUAUUACAUCCAUCAGGUGCGGCUACAUAACUACAUCUUACUCUUGGAACUUUCUCACAGUUACAUCAACACUUCGUAGCCAUACCAUUGGAAGAUAUCCUCGCCUCUUCUUUGCAUCAUCCUCCUCUGCCUGAUCUCUCUACUAUCCCCGCUCCUUCUCCUUCUGACCCACCUUCUCCUCUCGUUCUUCCUCUUCUUCCGAUUCUACUUACCUACUUCUGAUCUUUCUCCUCGCGCUUCCCUUACUGCCAUCUCGGUUGGAUCUUACUUCGUAACCGUACCUGCAGUAGACAAGCUCACGCUUUACCGUCAACUCAUAACCCCAAUCCCAAACCCCUAACCCAUAACAGGUACGACUACGCAAUAGGAUCUUUUUCCCAUUUCUUCGGCUUCUCCUGAUCCUACUUCCCCUCUUGUUUCAUCGUCCUAGCCUCCAACUGCCUCCCACUCUCCUGCUUUUUCUCCUCUCUCUCUCUCUCUCUCUCUCUCUCUCUCUCGUGUUCCUCUUUACAUUUUUCCUCUUUUCCUCUUGUCCUUUAUCGUCCUUCUCCUCCUCCUUUUCAUCCUUCUACUUCUCCUCAUUAGCCUGCUCCUCCUCCUGUCUGUUGUUCUUCGUUCUCCUUCAUUUCAUAUUUAGGUAAUUGCGCAAGAUGCCCAAACUCCAGACCUUUGCCUGCGUGACUGAGUAAGGAAGCGUGCAAUAUGAGUAGGAACUCCUGACUGUUGGACCAAAAACCUGUAAGUGUGCCUGCCGACAGAAAAGUCUGUGGAAGUUAUAUUUAGACGUAGGUUUGCGUUAAAAAAAAGAGAACGAGCAUGCGACCUUGUAGUUAAAUAUUUUCCGGAAAAAUGUGUAAUUCCCACAGCAUACCGCAUACUGAUAGAACUUGCUUUUCCCUUAAACUCUGUCCUGUUUGGGCGGGUAUAUUUCGAUUUUAUAGGAGUUUGAAACAAGAACUAUAAUACCCUGUAGGUUGGCUACAGGUAAUCUAGGUUGUCUUUAUAUACACUGCUCCAUUCGAUGCGCAGUAGGUAAUCAGAACGUCUGGUUGUACCUCAAAUGCCCACAAUUAUCUUAAUAUUUUAAAAACUAUGCACCAUUUCCUUCAAAUAGAACGCAUUAACUAGGCGCAAGCUGCCUCAAAAUAAGUACCUGUCCUUAUAUACACUGCUCCAUUCGGUGCGCAGUAGGUAAUUAGAAAACCCAACGACGCAUAAACGGCUGGUUGUACCUGAAAUGCCCAAAAUUCGCUGAAUAUUUUAAAAACUUAUAUACCCUUUCCUUCAGAUAGAACACAUUAACUAGGCGCAAGCUGCCUCAAGUAGGCUUAAUCUGUUUCAAGAUGAGUACAAGGAAUAAAUUUGGGUCCCGCAUCUGGUGGUAGGAUUUACCUACUUAAAGAAAAGUGUCAAGAGAAAUCCACAUCAAUCAAACGGUUAUUUUUCCGGCGUGACAAGACAGGUACUCAACUAAAUGAAAUAGUUUAUAUUUACGUCUCAUAUUUAUCGCCAUAAAAGUCACAUUCAAAUAACCCACGUGGACACACCCGCGCGGAAAUUGAUUUGACAUCAAUUGCUGCAGCCACUUGUAUGUUUGACUGAUAAAUGUUCCCCUAUAUCGGCUUGUGUACUUAAGAAACCAGACAUGAUUGCGCAUGACUGCCGUCUCAUUGGGAAUCUUCCAAUGCAUGCAUAUUGGUGGCAUAAAUUAAAUUGACUUCCUCAGAAAGAAUUUCAGAAAGAUCUCAUCCACUCCAGUCAUCUUGAGAAAAAGUGGUUACUGCUUAUUUGGAUGUUUAAGUAGAAAAUCCAUCGGUAAGUAAACAUUUAUAUAGUUUCUUACCAGAUGCAGAGACUAGCAUGUGGACCGAUAGGACCACGUUCUGUCUAGCAAUGAUUACAGAGGCUGCGGACGGCGCUUACCGGCUGCGUCUUGUCGCAGAACAUCGGCAGGGCCCUGUUGCCAAUAUUCACAGGGUUUCCGCCGGAUCACCGAAAAGGGUGGGAAAGGGGUUCUGCGUGGUGGAAUGCUUACGAGAAUACGUCAGCCUUACUGUCGUAAACGAUGAUGCCCGCCGUGUGUCGUACAGUGGGAUGGGCACGAGACAGUGAAGCGAAGAGACGGGUCCCAGGAAGUAGUCUUGAAAAAGGAGACACGAUCGCCGGGACAAGAGCUUUAUUAGCCUGACGUUUCGGAUUCCUCCUCGAAUACAUCAUCAGAGACAAAAAAGGCGGAAACGGGUGGUUGCUGCACAAGGGGCUGCGGUAUUUAUAGGAUGCAGUAGCCAUGCUACCGCAUACCUAUGAACAUUCAUCCGGGAUCGUCGCACUUCGUGUGAACAUUGCCUGAUGGCCGACAUUCGAGUCGUCAAUGGCUGCAAUUUCAUCACGGGUGUUGGAUGUUGGCGUGUUGAUUGCUCGACCAUCUGACGCACCGACCCCGGUGUUGGGAAUGGUGUUUACCUCGUCGCUCCCCGCAUGGCUUGUUACUCCGCCUAGGCGAAGUUUCAGCAUGAAGUAUGGAGUUGGAAGAUCGUUGCACUUGUUGAUGGACUGAGGGUCCGUAAACCAUGAUUCCAGUAGCUCCCGGCUCACGCGGUUGUCACCUCUUGCGAGAAAUUCGGCCUCAUCGAAUUUGAAUGUGUGGCCGGAUCUCGUCGGAGCUGUCUUCCGGUUUCUCCGACGCGAACACGCGGCAGCGGUGCGCAGAAAUGACGCCAGCUCACAAGUUGCGGCUCAUUUGACGAGAUCCGGCCACACAUUCAAAUUCGAUGAGGCCGAAAUUCUCGCAAGAGGUGACAACCGCGUGAGCCGGGAGCUACUGGAAUCAUGGUUUACUGACCCCCAGUCCAUCAACAAUUGCAACGAUCUUCCAACUCCAUACUCCGUGCUGAAACUUCGCCUAGGCGGAGUAACAAGCCAUGCGGGGAGCGACGAGGUGAACACCAUUCCCAACACCGGGGUCGGUGCGUCAGAUGGUCUAGCAAUCAUCACGCCAACAUCCAACACCCGUGAUGAAAUUGAAGCAAUUAUCGACUCGAAUGUCGGCCAUCAAGCAAUGAUCACACCAAGUGUGACGAUCCCGGAUGAAGGGAGGGAGCCGUGAAUGUUCAUAGGUAUGCGGUAGCAUGGCUACUGCAUCCUAUAAAUACCGCAGCCCCUUGUGCAGCAACCACCCGUUUCUGCUUUUCUGUCUCUGAUGAUGGAUUCGAGUAGGAAUCCGAAACGUCAGGCUAAUAAGGCUCUUGUCCCGGCGAUCGUGUCUCCUUUUUCAAGACUACUUCCUGGGACUCGUCUCUUCGCUUCUAUUGGCAAACGCAAAUGUAUUAACUACCUUUUCUUCAAGUAUGGAAACUGCAGACGAUGUGAUUUGCUAUCAACUGAGUCCAGAAAAGAAUAUUUCUGUGCAUGUUUUUUUAUGAAACAUAUUUGAAUUUUUAAGGACGUUGGAAAUCAAUCGGAAACAGCAUACUACUCGAGUUGUCAUUUUUUACCAAGUUCAGAUUUAGCAGAUUGCCGAAGGGAAGGGAAUUUAAAAGCCAAUAUCCUGGCGUUAUUGAAAUAUUUUGGGAUCAUGUUGCAUUGUACUGGCAUUACAACCCCACUUAAAUAAUCUUUUGCAAUCGAAAUUUCAUUUCACAAUUAGGUUAGCAUUUCAUCAGAUACUUCAUCUACUGCAGAUGUGGAUAACAUUUUUUUGAAUUUAGCGAAGGAAAAGGGAACUUUUUACGUAGGCGGCUGCUGAUGCGUUGAAUAAAUUCUUAAGUUGGAUGACCUUUCGGUUGCGAUGGUGGCUCAAAGGGUCAGAGUCGUUGUUUUAAGAACCAUUCAGGGGCACAAUCAUGGGGGUCUUCGGAUGUUUCGAGGUACACCGACUGAACCCUUACUACUGAAUCCCUGAUUUCUCUUCCGGGGCUUUAGACAGACUGAUUGGUUGCGCCUCUGCUGAAAGUCAGACUUGACUGUUGCACCGCAAGCAUUUUGUGGGCCAGCCGGAAAGCUGUAACGAAUGUACAGGGAGGGAUUUUCGAAAGAAUUAAAGAAGUAAUCUCCUCGGGCUUGUUAGACUGAACCACAUACUUUACAGAACGUAUCAUCAGAGAGUCAGAUACACCUGUUCUUGCUGAAUCUGCUUGUGAAGGCGUCAUAUGUGUUAAAAAAGCGACUUCAGUCGAAAGUAAUUGUUGAGAUGAGUCUGUAAGGUUAAUUUACACUUAGUGAGACUAAUAGAUUCCUCGGAACAACCCGAAUUACAAGCCGUUUGGUACAGGGCGUCAACCGCUAAAAAAAGCUGAAACAUGUUAGAUGAAUUCAAACUCCUUGGAAAAGGGAUUUUACCGACUCAGGUACAUAAUCUCAAUCCUUCGUGCAGCGAAGACCCAGUAUCACGAAGAGUUGCCCACAUUUAUUGUUUGGUCUAUGACACCCAACCUGCGACCUGUAUUCGCAUUUAGAGCAUUCUCAGUCAGCGCACGUCCCUCCCCACGGUAGCCUCGGUCAACAGGAGCCUCGAAUGGAGCCACCCAAACCGGGCGGUGGGAGGGGGGCAUGGCGUACACAUCCAACCCCCAUCUCACAGCGCAAGACAAAGAGUGAAAACAACAACUUACUGCUCCUCUCUCUCCGUCGUCUCCCCUUGGGUGCGCGUGACCUUCCGUGUUCCACGUUCACGCAUGCUGGUAGCCGCGGCGCAGAAACAGACCUCCAUUUGCCGCCGCCUGCGCUGUUGUUGAUGCUGCCGUAGUUAUGGCUUCCCGCGAGGCACGCCGCUACCCAGGUGACAUUAACGUAGCCGCGUUCGGUUUAAUGAAAGCAGUUGACAAGUGUGGUACUUUUUACAGCCCCACCCCCUCCCCCCCUCCUUCAGCUCUUCACGGCGCAAACAUUCAGCUGCCGGGCGGAGAUGCAGCUGGGUCGGGUGAGGGGGAGGGCGGGCAGGGUUGUCUUAACCACAGGUAAACUGAACGGCGCUCCCUGUCCUCCCGAAAGCAUCCCCACCCUAUAGGGGGAAUAUAAAAAAUGUCCACGCUGCCCUGGAUCUCCAUCCGCAUGAUUAAGACCGCGCUGGAGAUCGGAGCUGACUGCAUCUGGGACCAGCUGGUCGGUCUCCUGAGUCUGUUCUCCAAUGCGUGUCUUUGUUAAGUGUUGAAUGACGGGACCCUCCUUCAAACAGCUUUAUAUGUUUUUAAUAUCGACCAGCGUGGCGCUGGAGCUACCCAAGUUUCUAUCAGGCGGCAAGAGGCACUGGGCGUCAGUGUGUCACGGUCCUCUGUCUCAACUAGCCCGCUUUCUAUGACGUCUUCCUACUGUAGGUAGUAGAAAGCAGAAUAAUAUUACCGUCAAAGACAAGGGAGACUGGAAUGGCAAUUUCUGGCUUAUUAGUCGUCGUCAGCCAGUCAUACUCAACCCCAAAGUGUGGUACACCCGAGGCUCGAACUCGCGACCUGUUUAUUAGACGUCCACGCCUCUAAGCACUGAGCCACGAGCUCGUUGCCCUGUCGGUUUUAGAUCGGGAAUAUACAAUGUUAGGAAGCGCUCACCAUUCGUGCUUACAAAACUCACUCGUUCCCUUGUGCUCAAUGGACUCUCUCUUGAACCCAACCAGCAGCCGCACAGCGGCGCAUGAUAUAAACAGAAUGGCAUUACCGACAAAGAAAAGGUAGACUGGAAUGGCCAUUUCUGGCUUAUUAGCCGUCUUCAGCCAGUCAUACCCAACCCCGAAGUGUGGCACAUCCGAGGCUCGAACUCGCGACCUGUUUGUCAGAAGUUCACGCCAGAAAUGGCCAUUCCAGUCUCCAUUGUCUUUGUCGGUAAUAGCAUUCUGCCUAUAUCAUACGCCGCUGUGCGGCUGCUAGUUGGGCUCAAUAGAGAGUCCAUAAGGCACAAGGGAACGAGUGAGUUCCGUAGGAACGAUCGGUGAGCGCCCCCUACUAUUGUAGUAGAAAGCGCCUGAUAUGGAUCAUUUGGAUGUCCCCGUCUCCCCAGUAGAACACGGGAAUGGGGUCGUCCCCCGUAAUACAGGUGGCUUUGCGCUACCUUCCAUGAAGAUAACUACUUCUGUUCCUUAACCCUUAAACUAACCUAACCGAAAUUUCAACCUCAACACCAACUUUAACCGUAAAUUUACCCUAACCCUAACUCAUCUUUUCCUAGACUUUAGCACAAAGCUACCUGUAUAACGGAGAGGGUUCCUACUACCAUGUCCUUACGGGGCAGCACACACAUUCUUCCUGCCGGUACCCCAUUAUCGGAAUUAUUAAGUAUACGCUUGAUCUUUCGUAAGUAUCUGAGUUAGACUGAAAUAUAACCAGCCAACCACCCUGAAAGAAACCCGCGGACAGCAUUGUAUCUCGUGAACGCAACAGCCCCCAACACCGCGCCUACAUCAUCCUUUAAAGCUGUUCAUACAUAAUGUCCAGGGUUUCCUACUACGUUGUCCUUACGAGAAACGAGAGAGGGAGAAGAAUUUGCUUUAUUUUGAAAUCGUAAGUUCAAACCACAAAUCGUAAGUUGUGAACCACAUAAAUCCUUCCUACCGGAACCUCGUUGUCGUAAUGAUUAAGUGUUCGCUUGGUCUUUCGUUAGUUUCUGAUUUAAACCGAAAUAUAACCAUCAACCCCCCCCCCUGAAAGCAACUCACACGACGGCAUGGUAUCCCGUGAACGCGGCAGCCCCCAACACCGCGCCCAUAUCAUCGUUUAAAGAUGUUCAUAUUUAAUGUCCACGAAAACGAUACCAGCACAACCAACCCCCCAAUAAUAUCAUCUCAUAUUCAUACGAACAUCUCUAAACUGCAUCUCCCACGAAGCCCCGAAUAGUUUAAGUAGUGAGCCUUCCCCGUAUGUUUCGCUUUGAGUAAAUUUGCAAUCAUAUCAGUAGAACAAAACCUCCAUCAUAUAACUGUGAAAAGGUACCACGGCUUUUCUUCUGUGACCUACGCUGACAAUUAGGGUGGGCAUACUUUCAAAUGUAGCAUUUUCGGAGUUGUUAACCAAACUUUGGUCGAUUCAAUAUAAUUCAAGGAAAUAACCAUGGUAGACAUACUUUCGAAAGUGUCAUUUGCGCGGUCGAUUACCGAAUGGAGACUUCGACUCAAGGAAAGUAAGUAGCAGCUAGGUAAGUAUGCAUUUAGCGGAGGUGAGGUUAUAGUCCAGGUGGAUGUUGGUCCUCCUGGCACCGAUUCGUCAGUCUCUAUGCGAGGGAAUAGAUGGGUUUACGCAGCCACCUAUAGGCGAUCCGGAUUAAUCUUUUUCCUGGCUACGUGAGUAAAAUUUGACAGCAAUCUAGGUAGCUCAACAACCCUAUUCAAGAAAGAAUAUGCCCCAGCCACUGCUUGACUAAGAAUACUGCCGCAAUAGCUGGAAACGACUAUUCGAGGGGAUCAAAAGGCAACCUUCGCAACGCACUGCUCACGGAUGACUGCGCAUUAAACAUGGCAGGGGAAGUGGAAAUGUAUGGGAGUAUUGAACUCUCUGUCUCCGGCUGCUCUAAAUUCCCUCUUACUAGUAGCACGGUGAGGUCAGUGGUCAUGUAUCCGUGGUGAGGUACCGGACUAGUUUACCUUUAACAUUUUAGGCCCGUUUUCUUUGUCCGGAUUGCUUGUUUGACUGUGACGAAAAACGACGCGCCUGUGCAACCCGCUUCGCUGGCCUUCUUAGCUGUCGCGCGCUGUUGUCAGGUCACUUAACGUUCAGAAGUUCUGUACUAUUCACUGGUCGAUUUUACUUGCUGACUCGUUAGUUCGUGAGAACAUUGCCAUUUGCGUCAUUGGUGACUCCCGACCUUAACGCAGACUUUAUACUUUCUAUGUCAUUUUGAAUAAUAUCUGACGUACUAUUUGCUUGUGGAUUUCUAUUCCAUUUACGUCUACUUUUCUCACGAAUUUUCUCGAUAUUUUACCAUCUCUGACUUGAUAAUUAUGUCUCAUCCCAACCAACAACUUGAUGCCACCGCCCGUUCCCUUCAUGUCGUCAAUUUUACUUAGCCCGAAUUCUGGCAACACGCUCCAGAGCUUUAUUUCAUCCGCGCUGAAUCAGCCUUUUAUUCUACCAACGUUACCAAGGAGCUGGCGAAAUACCACAAACUUGUGGAGGUUCUCCUUGCUAGUUCAGUCCUAACUAUCUAAUCCUUCUGCCGAUGCUCCAUAUUUCACGUUGAAAGCAGAAAUUCUUCGACUUAAUUCUGUGUCCGACGGACAGCGGUAUCACCAGUUACUUAAGGAGGAGUCACUGGAUGACCGGAAGCCCUCAGAACUUCUACGUCGAAUGCGUUCUCUCCUUGGAGACAUACAGGUGGACGAUAAAUUUGUCAAGGAGAUGUUUCUAGAGCGUCUGCCUGCAGAUUUUCAACCGAUCCUGGCGUCCGGUUCUCAAGAUCUCACGGUCUCACAGCUGGCUGAGAUGGCGGAUCGAAUGAUAGAGGUACAGCAGUUCGAGUCGUCUUCCAUUGCCCAGAUCUCAACAUCCUCAUCGACAGUGAAUGAACAUUUAAUGAAACAGGAGUCGGCCAUGGCGGAUGAGCUGGCCUCCCUUAAAAUAGCCCUCACUCGCCUUGCUUCCAGUCGCUCACGCAGCCGUCGCCGUUCUCGUUUGCGACCUCGGACUGCUGAUACUUGCUGGUAUCACACUAAUUUCGGCGUAAAGGCCCGUCGCUGUUCUUCACCAUGCUCUUUUAAGCCGAAACAGGGAAACCAGUCGGCCAGAGAAUAGACGCGACCGUUUUCUCUGGCUCUUCCAGCCCUGUUCGCACCUUCUAUGUUUGCGACACUGCGACUCGCAGACGUUUCCUGGUGGACACUGGAGCCCAAAUCAGCGCUGUUCCCCCAACUGCAGCUGAUCGUCGUUUCUCUAGACCCGGUCUUCACCUCCAAGCUGCCAACUAUUCCCCCAUUCCUACUUUUGGCAGUCUGUCCCUCACCCUUCCUCGGUCGUUCACCCGGAUCUUUGUGACUGCUGAUGUCCCUCAUGCAGUCCUAGGCUCGGACUUUCUUGCUGAGUUCGAUCUCCUUGUUGACUGCUGA